AUGACUAAAAGAAUCUGGUGGAAGGAAGCUACAGUGUACCAGAUCUGGCCCGCUUCUUACAAGGAUUCAAACGGAGAUGGCGUUGGUGACAUUCCUGGCAUUAUCUCCACUUUGGAUUACAUCAAGGAUUUGGGAGUGGAUGUCAUCUGGCUCAGUCCAAUGUACGAGUCACCCCAGGACGAUAUGGGCUACGACAUUUCGGACUACGAGAAAGUCUAUUCCAAGUAUGGUACUCUUGAAGAUUUAGACAAUUUGAUUGAACAAACACACAAGAGAGGCAUGAAAUUGAUCUUAGAUUUAGUCAUUAACCACACUUCGUCUGAACAUGCAUGGUUCAAGGAAUCCAGAUCGUCGAAGACUAACCCAAAGAGAGAUUGGUAUAUCUGGAAACCUCCUGUGUUCGACAAAGAUGGUAAUAGACACCCUCCCAACAACUGGGGAUCGUAUUUUUCGGGAUCUACCUGGACUUAUGACGAGCUCACGGGAGAGUACUACUUGCAUUUAUUUGCUAGCUCACAGCCAGAUUUGAAUUGGGAAAAUGUCGACACAAGAGAUGCCAUCUAUAAGUCGGCCGUAGAGUUCUGGUUGAAGAGAGGGGUUGAUGGUUUUCGAAUUGACACUGCUGGUAUGUACUCCAAAGUCUUAUCGUUUGAAAAUGCCCCUAUCACAUUCCCUGAACUGGAAUUCCAGCCAUGUAAAAUGUUCCAUCAACAUGGACCUCGUAUCCACGAAUUCCACAAGGAAUUAUAUGACAAAAUAAUUUCGAAGUAUGACGUUAUGACUGUUGGAGAAGUUGGUCAUUCUACACGAGAGCAAUCAUUGAAGUACGUCAGUGAAGAAGAAAAAGAAAUGAACAUGAUGUUCUUGUUCGACGUUGUUGAAGUUGGAACUGAUCCUUCUGACAGAUUCAGAUGCAAGGACUUCAACCUUGUUGAAUUUAAGAAAGCCAUUCAAUCUCAAGGAGAGUUUAUCGAAGGCACCGACGCUUGGUCUACUGUUUUCAUUGAAAACCACGACCAACCUAGAUCGAUAUCGAGAUUCGGUAACGACUCUCCAGAGUUCAGAGUUCAAUCUGGGAAAGCUUUGGCUCUCUUACAGGCUACUUUGACUGGAACUGAGUUCAUUUACCAGGGACAAGAAAUCGGCAUGACCAACUUGCCCAGAUCCUGGGAUAUCAGUGAAUAUCUUGACAUCAAUUCAGUUAACUAUUACAGACAUUUCAAAGAAAAGUACGGCAAGGAUGCAGAUUUCAAAGAAAAGCUGAACAAGUUGAUGGACAGCAUCAAUUUGUUUGCCAGAGACAAUGCAAGAUCCCCAGUACAAUGGACCGCUGGCAAGGAGGCCGGAUUCACAACAGGGAAGCCAUGGACUAGAGUCAAUGACAAUUAUAAGGAGAUCAAUGUUGAGUCACAAGUCAAUGAUAAAAAUUCCUUGUUCACUUUCUGGAAAAAUAUAUUGAAAAUCAGAAAGGAAUACAAAGAUCUUUUCAUCUAUGGUUCGUUCAAGAUCCUCGAUACGGAGAACAAGCAAGUAUUCACAUUCUUAAAAACAGACCAAAACAACAAGUCUGCUUACGUAGCCAUUAACUUUUCUACAGAGAAAGCUCCAUUCAAGAAGUUGGUUGAUGGCGAAUUCAAUUUAUUGUAUUCUAACGUACCAAAAGCAGAAGCCAAGGAAGGUAUCUUGACUCCAUAUGAAGCCCGGGUCUACUUGUUGUCCUAA